AUGGCGCUUACGGAUUAUAUUAAGUUUUCGGGCUUCAAAGCCGACCUUCAAUCUCGUAACUUCAGUAUAUAUGGUCAAUGGCUUGGAAUAUUUAUGAUUUUCAUCUCAAUUGCUUUGGGUAUAGCGAAUCUAUUUCAUGCAAAUGUGGUUAUAGUGUUUGCGAUUCUUGCUAUCGUGCAAGGUGUGUUACUUGCAUUUGUCGAGAUUCCAUUCUUGAUGAAAAUAUUUAGAGUUCCAGAUAAGUUCAUAUCCUUGGUGCAGUCAUUGGAUUCAAACUUAGCAAGAACAUUGUUUUACAUAGUUUACGCUGUUAUCCAGUAUUUGAGUCUACUUUGCAAGAGCACGUCAUUACUUGCCCUUGCAAUAUUAUUUACUGUUGAUGCUGUAUUCUACGGAUUGGCCACAGUUAUGAAACAAGAAUUCCAUAAGUCUAAUGUGGUUGCAUCUGUAGACGUUACAGAUAUGCCAGUUGAUGCCCAAAUAAGAGAUGCUUUGUGA